GGUCCCUGAACUCUCGACAUCAUUCACGAAUCACGAAUCGCGAAUCACGACUUGUCACUCAGAACUUGUCUUCAUCUUCAUCCUCAUCCUCAUCUUCAUCAUCACAACACAGAUACAGCAGAGUAGCUCUUUCUCCCAACCUCUCAAUCGCUCAACCUUCUCCUCAGGCUUUUGUUCUUGCUUCCCGUUUCUAACCACACGGUGCCCCUCUACUUCCCAUUGCUAGCAUAAGUUUCGCUCGACAUUUCUUGGUGUAUCUACGACUCCACACGCUGAUCAUACAAACACCCGUUUGGUGGCGAUCCAAUCUCUCCAAUAUUAGAUCUUUCAAUCCAUCUCGUUACAAUUACACCUGGAACGCCAAUUCGAUUCCAUAUUAUAUUGAUCCUCUCCAAAUCUCCUGUACGGCUUUGUUUGUUUUUGCACCCAUCUCAGACUGAUUGAAUUGCACGUAUCACAAUCGUCCCAUCCCGUACAGGAUCUGAAAUCGGGUGGCGUCAGUGUCCUCACUUGGGGUGCAUUUUCCCCUGCAGCAAGUUACAUCGAUCCAAUUGCGAAAAUACCUGUUUGAAAAGAUCCGCUGGUCCAAUCAAAAGCACUGUCGCCGGGGAUUCAAACAAUCUAUCCAGUGUUCUACAGAUCUGAUUUAGAAGGAUAAGUACCAUCCAUUGACCAAACAGAACAGUACAUAGAUGAAUUAUUUCUGAGUUCUCCCUUGUUUUGUUUGGCUCCAAUACACUAAAGCUACAGUGAGGUUUGUGAGGUUACCAUGUUAAGACCACUUCGAGGUUUAGUGGCGGGCCUGUUACCAAGUAGCAAUGAACCUAAUUACGAAUUGAUCCAUGCAAAUGGAACUGCCAACGACGAUACGUUUUCCCAUUUAAAACUAUCUUUCACGAGAUUCCUCUUCUUCCUUAUACCUUCGCCAAUACAACGACGACUUCAACCGGCCCAUUUCAAGCCUCAAAGAUUGUACGCAACGUCCUAUCUCGAUGGACUUCGUGGAGUCGCUUCCUUGAUAGUGUUUUUCUGUCACUUUACUGAGGGAAAUGUGCAGUUUAUGAUACCUUCAUAUGGCUUGCCCAUAGGUGACCCGGUUCCAUCCUCUUUCAUGCAGCUGCCUUUUCUUCGAGUGCUUUAUAGCGGACGGCCCAUGGUUCAUAUCUUCUUUGUCAUAUCUGGAUUUGUUCUCUCGUUGAAGCCGUUGAAGUUAGCUCGAGCCCAUAAUUAUGCCGAUCUUCAAACGACCUUGUCAUCAUCUGUCUUUCGUCGAGGAAUGCGAUUGUUCUUACCUACCACCGCCUCUACGUUUUUGGUAAUGACAUUCAUUCGCAUGCGUUUGGUUGAAGUGGAUGGAUUUGAGACAUUCUCACAACAGUUUAUGGAUUGGCUGCAUGCAAUCUGGACGAUAGGUUAUUCAUGGGAUUGGGAUAAGAUAUGGUGGCCAAAGUACGAUGUUCAUGUUUGGACUAUUCCCAUUGAAAUGGCUCAGUCCAUGUUUCUCUUCGUCACCAUUACCGGCUUGGCGAGGUGCAAAGUAUGGGUUCGCCUCUUUAUGUUCGUUGUCAUUAUGCUAUACAGUCUCAAGUGUGGCCGAUGGGCUGCGUUUGAAUUCAUUGGCGGGGCGCUGGUGGCAGAAGUGGGACUUAUUCAACAAGCGCGGGCUGAACGAAAUCCCAACAAAGAGAUGCCAGACUCGGACGAAGAAUCUUCUGGUUCAUGGCAAACGUCAGUAGUUUAUGCAUUCUGGAGUAUGAACUUUGUCUUUGCCAUGUGGAUAGCGGGAUGGCCAAACAAUGAUGUACUAAGAACUCCUGGGCUCAGUGAGAUCGCACCUUAUACGAUGGAGCCAUACUGGUCUCAGAGGCGACAGGAGGAGCAGGCAUUCUCUUGGUUUGCAUUGGGGGCCAUGCAAGUUGUCUUUGCUUGCCAACAACUUCCUUUAUUGCAAAAGUUCUUCACAUCUGGCCCAGCGCAAUAUCUUGCAAACAUUUCAUAUGCACUGUACCUUAUGCAUGGGCCGUUCCUCGACAUAUUCGCUCACCGAUGGAUGCCAGUUGUUUGGUGGGUAGUAGGUGGGCGUGAGAAUAGUGGUGUGUGGACACGAACGUUUGCUUGGUGGGGUGGAAUGCUUGGGUUAGCAGUACCUAUAUUUUGGGCAUCAGAUGUAUUUUGGAGGGCCGUGGAUAUCCCUUCUGUGGAAUUUGCAAAAUGGUUAGAAGGGAAAUGUAUUGUGAAGGAAGAUUGAGACUCAUUGCGAUACGGAGUGGGAUUGAAAGACAAUUUUGGGAGCAUUUACAAGGCGUCAUCGAUAAUAUUCUGGGAUUUAAAACGGGCGUGUGAUGGGACGGAUGAAUGGAUGGAGAAAUUCCAGGGAUUUUGGGGGGGGGGAGAUACGGAAUAGAAAGUUUAAAUGUCGGCGGUACCUAUCACAAUAUGUUUCUUAGCGGGAGUUGGGGGUUACACGGUAGAAGUCGAUCUGGAUUCGCCUCAAACAUGAAUAUCUAAGAAGAAAUAAAACUUUAUCAGAGAGCA